AUGAAAGAGUACCCCUUCUUACCUCUGUUUUUAAUCAUCUCCCUCAGUGAGUUUGGAUCCAAGAUCAUCUCUCUGAAGCCCGUGGUGAACGUUUUACCCAAGCAGUUUGAGUCCAGGGACCAAGCUGUGAGGAAUGAAGCCAAACUGCUGGCUGUGGAGAUCUACAAAUGGAUCAGAGACGCUCUGAGACACUCGUUACAAAGUAUUAACUCUGUACAGCUGAAGGAGCUGGAGGAGGAGUGGGUGAAGUUGCCUCCAUCUCCACCCAAACAGACCAGGUUCCUGCGCUCCCAGCAAGACCUGAAAGCCAAGUUUGAACAACAAGCCCAAGGAGGAGACAACUCUGAAG